AUGCAUGUGCAUUUUGAACAAAACACUUCCACAAGAUCGGAAUGUACCAUCCACACUCUGUCCUGGAUGGGAAAAGUUCCAGAAAGUCUUCCAGAGGAGGAUGGAGGCUGGAAAUUGAAUCGUAGUCAAUAUUAUUCAGAGGGGUGGCUGGCAAGUGGAAACGCCAAAGGAAUUGUGGGAAUAACUUUCACUACCAGUCAUUGUCGAAAAUAUGAUGCACCACAGAGGUCAAAUUUCAACUUGAGAGGUCAUAGAAGUGAGGUGAUCUUGGUGCGCUGGAAUGAACCGUAUCAGAAGCUGGCUACCUGUGACUCUCAGGGUGUGAUAUUUGUGUGGAUCAAACAUGAAGGACGAUGGUCAAUAGAACUCAUCAAUGACAGAAAUAGUCAGGUAACAGACUUUGCCUGGUCACAUGAUGGGAGGAUGGCUCUGAUCUGCUAUUGUGAUGGCUUUGUUUUGGUUGGGUCAGUAGCAGGACAACGCUAUUGGUCAUCCAUGCUAAACUUGGACAACACCACCAUCACCUGUGGAGUUUGGUCACCUGAUGACCAGAAGGUGAUAUUCGGUACGACUGGCGGACAGCUGAUAGUGAUGAGUUCCACUGGAGCAAUGUUGACACAGGUGGUCAUAAAUGACAGCAUGGAGAUAAGCACCAUGGCAUGGUCAUGUGAGAAGUUCAACAUGGAUGAAUCCGACGCCAAAAGUAACAACACCGAGAAUAUUAGCCAUCCCUCGGAAGAUAGUAACCAUGUCCUGGCCAUCUGCUUCAAGUAUGGAGCGAUAUACCUGAUGUCAAAUUACGAUGACAUUUGUCCACGAGUUGUCCAUACUUUGCUCACAGGUCUCCGCAUGGACUGGUCAAAUUGCGGUGAGAUACUGGCAGUUGGGGGUUUCAUCCGUCUGCCAAACCUACAAUGCAGGAAUGAGCUACAUUUCUACUCACGGGACGGACGUCUGCUUCACUGGAUCUCUAUACCAUCUCAGGGCAAACCAUUAACAGCGUUAUGUUGGGGCCAUAAUGACAAGCGCCUCUUUUUGGCCUCUGGUUUCAACCUGCAUGUAGCAUGGGUUACCAAGCAAGUGGCACCGCUUCAGUUUCUAUGUCAGCGGAUCAUCCAGGACAACAUUGCACAAGAACGAAAAGUCAGCAAGCUACCUCUGCCAUCUCGUAUACGACACAGUAUUCAGUCUCUUUUCUCACCCACUAUAAAGGUACCUGAUAGCAUUAUAUAG